CUUGCUCAGAGUGGAAACCAUUAACAGGAAGCGUAAACUAGACCUCUUCGCUAAAAUGCAUGGAUCCGUUGCGUGGAAGAAAGAGGAGAACAAAUCAUACUUCUGUGGUACAGCUUUGCGCAACUGACGACCUUGAAGCCACACUGAUUUCAUCCGUCUUCUGGAAAACUGUUGCGCAAAACGAAAUCUCUGCGUCAACGUGCCAAGUAAAUUUGACUCUAUUCUCCCGCUCUGAGGUGUUUCUGCGAACUUCGCUUUCGGAGCCGCAGAGUAAGUAGAGGUUCUCUUCUGACCAUUACAUUUUUCAAGUAACGGACUGUGUAAAAAAGGCCCUUAACUAUUGACUGAUUUAAGGUUUCUUAAACUCAGUCCAAAUAUUCACCGCGGUCAAAUGAGAGAAAUGUACAAAAGCUAAGCAAAAUACUUUAAAGCCAAUGUUGUUAUUUUCCUUGUUCAAAGUUUAAUACAUCACUCGGCAAUACCCUGUUAAUUUACCAAACUAUUUGAAACUUAGACUUGCUACAAGUCGACUUCACGAGUUUCUUAAAGAGCGGAGCGAGCUUUUUAUGCCGCGAAGAGGCCGAGCGAACGACAAAGUCCCGCGCCAUCGGACGAAGGACUUUUUUGAAAAUCUAUUUCAAACUUUGUUAAAAGAGUUCUGAGGGUUUGAAAACUGCAGAAACUGGCGUUACCUGUUGGCGUAAUUUGCAAACAUGACUCGUACUCGGGUGGCAAGUAUCAUCAAGAAAAAAACGGAUUACUGAUUUUAAUAACUAAUUCUUUUACACGACCUUGCGAGCGUAAUGGUGAAUGAAAUCACUCUAAAUGAAGCAAACAAUUGCCUCAGACAGAUCGUUGAUUGCGGUCUAGUCCUAAUAAGGUGGGGUGAUUCGUAUGAAACUUACGGAGCAAGCAAAUCUUUGGUGUUUUUUUAUUCAGCCUACGUUUCUUUGGGAGAACCCAAAUAUGGAUAGAGUGAUGUUCAUUUGACCUCAAAAAUGGUUCCCGUAAUUUUUCAAAACAUCCCUAAAACAUGGACUACCCGUUUUUGGCGAAAGAAGACCUAAAGGCCCGGUUCAGACGCUGUACUUCACUUGAGCUGAUUCGAACUGGAAGUUUAGGUUGACUCGAAUUAAUUUAGGUCGGCUGAAUUGAUUCAGAUGCUUAUCUUUAUUCUAGCUGAACUAAGUUCAAAAGGGAAAAGACGCGCAUUUCAGUAAACUGCUUUGUAAACACUUAUGCUGGUUCCGUUCGUGUGAGAAGGAUUGCCUCGCCCACUUAAGUCCCCAAAUACAAGGUAUCGACCCAAGGGUGUGUGUGUGUGUGUGUGGGGGGGGGGGGCUACUCCGGAUUUCAAGUGACGGGGAUGAUCGAAGGAGUUUAUUGGGUUGGUUUAAAUAGAGAUUUUUUGGGUAUUCAAAACAAUCUGAAGAUUCGUGGUAGUGCCCGCGUAUCUCAGUCGCGUAGAUCAGCGAAUAUAGUACGACCAACGAAAGUACAACGCGUUAUCAUUUAAUGAUUUUUGAAAAUUUUUAAGGCUCGGAAAUACGGCAUGGGUUCUUUGGGGGUUAAUGUUUGGUCCAGGAAUUUUGGGGGUUUUGUUGGAAGCCCUAGGGUUUUCGAUUUUUGCCCCCAUUCGACCAUUCCCGCCACUUAAAAUCCGGAGUACCCCUCCCUCCUCCGGGGAUUUCGACCUUGUAAUUGAUCACCGGCAUCGUGACCAAACUUUGGCGUGGGCAUUUGAAGAAGUGGGGUCACAUUGGUUCUCAGCGAGUACCGAACUCGGGCACCGUGCCGAGUCAAUAAAUGUGAACGCUGCCUACGGAUGUCCCUGUUGAGACUUGCCUAAGUGUACCUGUUAGCGAGAGUCAAGGGGAAACGACGGAAGAAUGGCAGGGAUAAGCCCUGAUAAGCCCCCUCUUCAGAGGUGUCAGGUUCUCGUUAAAAGAGAGCUGGCUGUAUCCUCUAAUCAACAUAACCUGUUUACAGAUAAGAAAAAUUACAAGAUAUAAACAAUCUAACGAUUAGUUGUUCUGAUUUCCAGAUCUUUAGGUUGUUUGGCUGUUCUUUACACGCAAGCUUGCUGCUGGACAAGGCGUAGGUGAUCCAGAGCAAUCUCAUACGGCAUCAACGACAACAACAACUCAUUUCGAAAGGGGCCUUAGUGCCGCUGCCUCCCCCACAACAGCCAAAAAAAAACCACACAAAACAACAAUCCUUUCCUUCAUCAAAAUAUGAACGAAUCACAGCCCACUCCAACACUCACCAAUAACGAGCCCAUCAAUCUGUCUUCCACAGCAUCAGACGUUUUCCUCGUCUUAACAAUAAUCAUCGCUGUGCUUGGAAACACGUUGGUCUGCUUGGCCUGUGUUAUUUCCAAACGGCUAAAGAGCUUCACGGAGCCCUUUAUAAUCAGCUUGGCGGUGACUGAUAUUCUAGUUGGACUCAUUUCUAUGCCAAUAUGGCUUUCUAACAGUCUAACGGGCAAACCCAACAUCAGAGACUUUCCGACCAUUUACAAACUUUGGUUGCAGUUUGACAUUGUGUGUUGUACAGCUUCUAUAAUGAAUCUUGUUUUCAUCAGUGUCGAUCGUUUCAUAGCCGUCACCUAUCCCCUCCGAUAUCCAAGCAUGGUUACACGAAAUCGCGUCGCAAUCGGGAUUGCCUUCAUCUGGCUUUACUCUUUAAUUAUCGCGCUCAUAAAGCUCCAAAGAUGGCGAUACUACUCUCUGUUUGUCUCACUGGCUUCGUUUUUCGUUCCUCUUUUAAUCAUGUUGUUCGCCUAUUCUCGGAUAUUCCACGUAGCUUUAACCCACGUACGAAGCAUUCGUCGCAUACACUCGGACCAAUCGAUAUCUAAUCGGAGAACUAUCGAGAACUUUCACGUUAACUUAAAGGCUGCACGCACGUUUAGCAUUGUGAUUGGUGCGUUCGUCGUAUGUUGGUGUCCCUUUUUCGUGGUUACGUUACUUGCUAUGUAUUCUAAGGCUUCCAUAAACAACAACGGUUUAGCCAUGAUUAAGUGGUUAACAUAUGGUAACUCGGCACUAAACCCGCUCAUCUACAGCUGUUUGAACAAGAACUUUAGGGCUGCGUUCACGGAUGUGUUCAGAAGAGCGCUCAGUAGGAGAAUGACACAUGCACAGAGUUCGACAAAAAGGCACCCGACGACUUCUGUUGUCCCACAAGGAGACCAAUAA